AUGACAUUGCAAGAAUCUGUUAUUGAAGAUAUUUUUAAAAUAUAUACCAACAAUCAAAAACAUGAUAUUCAAAAUUCUGCUGAAUACACCUUUAUAAACACCGAAGAUAUACCGGAAAACAGCACAUUAACUAUAGAUUUAAUAGACUCUAUCUUGAUUUAUCAAUUAACUGAAAAUGAAAAUUUACGCGUAUCGCCUAUUGAUUACCUUAAUAAUUGUUACAGCGAAUGCGAUAGGUUUAAAAGAAUUUUACCUGCUGAAAAUGAAAAUGAUUUAAAUAUGAUUCAAAGUUUGAUUUCCAAUUAUGGCUUAGUUAUUUUUCAAAUUGAGGAUUUCUGCUGUAUUCAUACCGGCCAAGGAGAGGAAGAAGAGGGAUCGGUUUUUAGGUCGUAUGUUAAAAAAAUACUAUCCAGGUACGAUGAUUACACUGCAUUUUUAUACUCUAUUGUUUUGAAAAGUAUUGAACAAGGUGAAACUUUGACUUUUUUAAACAAUUUCUUCAACACUUUAUUGGGAUUAAUGAGCGAUUUAGACAUGAUGGAUAGUUUAAAGUAUAGCCAAGUCCUAUCCAUCUUUGAAUUUUUUGUUUCUAUCAAACCUUGUGCCUGUAUUUUUACCCAAAUUGAUUCUUUCUCAUGCUUUUCCCGUAUAGCCACGCCAGAUUUAGAAAGAAAGACUCUCUUAGGUCCUAUUCUAAGUUUGUCGCCACUGCAAAUUAAGGUAGCCUCUAAAAUGUAUUACAAGGUUGUUUCUGCAAAUAUUUCCUUAGCAGAAGACGAUCGUUCUAAUGAGGAUACUUUGGAAUCAAAUAGAAUACACGAAACUUUACAAACAGAACAUAAUGUUAUUUUGAACAGAUUAUUUUUCAUUACUGAUAAAUUAUUACGUGCUGGUGAAACAUCUAGGACCGACUUGAUCAAAUAUUUUGGUGACAUAGUCAAUGCUAAUCAUUUACGUAGAGGCGACCAUGCCGAUGUCAGAAAGUUAUCUAGCGACGCUUUUAUGUGUAAUAUUCUUAUAUUAUUAGCUAGGUUUUCAAUGCCAUUUUUGGACAUAACUUACACUAAAUUGAAUAAGAUUGAUAUGAAUUAUUUUAAUAAUGUCAACCAUUUGUUUAUUGAUAUAAGCAAUGAGUCAUGUAUGAACAGUGACAUUAAAGAGGCACAAGACUAUUUUGCUAACAAUGGUAGCAAUGAUUUAAAAAGACCAAAUUUCAUAUCUGAUUGUUUUUUUUUGACAUUAACCUAUUUGCAUUAUGGCAUUGGGGGAGCUAUUUUGCAGGACGACAAAUUGGAAAGACAUAUCAAAUUUAUCAUAGAGGAAUACAAUAAGGCUUUGAAAUUUAAAAAUGCACCCAACACACCAUCUUUUAUGCAAUCUAUGCUAAAUUCGAAAAUUGAAAAAAUGAGUGAUCAGAUUGUUACUUUCAAGGCACAAAGGAAAGCAUUUCAGGGGCUUUCUGUCAAUAAAUCCAUUCAAUUAGAACUUUUUGAGUUUGUGUGUGGCGCAGCAACGUUUUUAAUUAGAGUCAUUGAUCCUACCCACACUUAUCCAGCAAAACAAAUUAGCUUGCCACUAAUUCCAGAUCAACUGGGUGUUGAAAAUGUGGAUAAUUUUGAGUAUCUAAGAGAGAAUGCACCAGUUCCAUUCAAGUAUUACCCAGAAUAUUUAAUCGAAGGAUUAGUUAAUUAUUGUCAAUAUAGUUCAAGGUUCUAUGUGUCUCCCAUAGUCAAUAAAGCACCUAGAACGCACUCGUUUAUCGAAUUAUGCACUGUUAUAUUGCGUUGUCCCGAACUAAUUUCAAACCCCCACUUAAAGGGCAAAAUGGUAAAUGUUUUAUCUAUGGGUUGUUUACCACAAAAUGGUGGUCAUAAUAAUAGUAACAACAAUAUUACUACCAGUGACUUUGCACAAGGGUUUUUAAUUGAUAUUUUAUCUAGCAAUGAAUUGUGCUUGAAACACCUAUUGUUCAGUUUAUUGGACUUUUAUGUUAUUGUAGAGAAAACGGGAUCUUCAUCUCAAUUCUAUGACAAAUUCAAUAGUAGAUAUCACAUAUCUUUAAUAUUAGAACAGUUAUAUAAGAUACCAAAUUACAAGUCGCAAUUAAUCCUACAAUCGAGAACGAAUCCUGAUUUUUUCACAAGGUUUAUUGCGCGCAUGCUAAAUGAUUUAACUUUUCUAUUGGAUGAAGGGUUGUCUAGUUUACAGGAAGUGCAUAAUAUUCAACAAGAAUUGAAUCGUAGAAAGGAAGGUAGACUGUCAAUGAGGGAGGAGAAUAUGGAAGAGCUACUUUCUAAAUUGAAAAGUGCUGGUAGACAGGCCAGAUCUUCUUGUGGGCUUUCUGAUAAAUCGAUGCUUUUGUUUAACACGUUUACACGGGAUAUUCCUGGUGCCUUUACUAUUCCCGAAAUUGUGGACCGAUUAGCCAGCAUGUUAGAUUAUAAUUUGGAAUGUUUAGUAGGUCCAAAAUGUAGAGAGCUAAUUGUUAAAAAUCCUGAGAAAUAUUCCUUUAAUCCCAAAACACUAUUAAAAGAUUUAUGUACAGUGUAUAUUAAUUUGUCGGAUGAGGAAAGCUUUGUUGCAGCAGUUGCUAAGGAUGGAAGAUCUUUUCAUAGAGAGUUUUUCGAUAAAGCUGUUCAAAUUUUACGUGAUAAAAUUGGGUUUAUUAAUGACGAAUUUUCUCAAAAGCUUAUUGAUUUUGCUAAUGCAGCACAGGAAGAAAAACUAGCAGAAGAAGAACAAGAUUUGGAAAUGAAUGAUUGUCCUGAUGAGUUUUUGGAUCCAUUGAUGUUCACCAUUAUGACAGAUCCUGUUAUUUUGCCCACGUCUAAGGUUAGCAUUGAUAGAAAUACAAUCAAGCAGCAUUUAUUGAGUGAUUCUACCGAUCCAUUUAAUAGAAUGCCUUUGAAGUUGGAAGAUGUCAUCCCAAAUACUGAAUUAAAGAACCAAAUCGAAGAAUAUAAAUUGAAAAAAAAGACAAAAACAUAA